GCACAGGCGCAGCCGUGCGCCGCGCUCCUCCUUUAUCCUAGUGCGCACCGAUCCCUGAUUGAGGCGUGUGAUGCCAAGUGAGACACAUCCACUACAGCAAAGGUGGGAACAUAAGCGAACAUUUAGUAAAGUGCAGUUUUGUUUUUACAUUUGUUUUGCAGAGGUUUGGAAAGCGACAACUAGCCACGGUCUCAAGUGCGAAGAACCAUGGAUGAAGAGUUAUUUUUACCACUUUAGAGGUUCAGACAAAAACUGACAAAAGGUCUGGAUCGAACUCUCCGUAACCUCAGAGAUCUUUAUUAAAUAAAUAAGACAUAAACAUGGAUCUUUAUGCGCGAAAUGAGACAUUUACAUCUCCCGAGUGGGUCGGAGCGCAGACUGACGCGCUGCAGAGCGGAGCCGGUAACGGGAGCUUGGAGGCAUCAAACAUCACCAGCGGCAACGAUUCCACACACAUACCUCAGCGCGUGAGGUACAAAGAUGAUGACCACACGCUGCGGAUCCUGCUCUACUCGCUCAUCUUCUUCCUGAGUGUGUUUGGCAACCUGCUGAUCAUUGUGGUGCUGACAGUCAAUAAGCGCAUGCGCACCGUGACCAACACCUUCCUGCUGUCGCUCGCCGUCAGCGACCUGAUGAUGGCCGUCUUCUGCAUGCCCUUCACCCUCAUUCCCAGCAUCCUCAAGGACUUCAUCUUUGGAGCUGCCAUGUGCAAGAUAGUGUCCUACCUCAUGGGAAUAUCAGUGAGCAUCUCCACAUUUAGCCUGGUUGCCAUAGCGAUCGAGCGCUACAGCGCCAUCUGUAAUCCCCUGAAGUCACGGGUGUGGCAGACCCGAUCCCAUGCCUAUCGGGUGAUUGCUGCGACGUGGGUGCUGGCCUUCAUCAUCAUGAUCCCCUAUCCAAUCAUCAGUCACCUGGAGUCUUUUCAGCGUCCUGACAACACCACUGCCCACCAGUGUCGCCACAAGUGGCCCGUCGCAACGGCAGAGCAGGCCUGGUACAUUAUGCUGCUGCUCGUGCUGUUCGCCAUCCCAGGCUUGGUGAUGAUUGUAGCCUACGGACUGAUCUCCAGGGAACUUUACAGAGGCAUCCAGUUUGAGAUGGGCCACAAAAAAGACUCUACUGAUGUGAAGAAUGGACUCACCUCCACUGUGUUGACUGGCAGUGAUGAUGGAGAUGGUUGCUAUGUGAACGUCGUCCAGCGGCCACACUCGAUGGAGAUGUCCACCAUGUCCUCAUCCAACAGAGCCAUCAAGGCGGAAAGACCACGCAGCAACACAUCUGAGGCUAAGCUGGAGGCCAAGAAGCGAGUUAUCCGCAUGCUGGUGGUCAUUGUUGUCCUGUUCUUUCUCUGCUGGAUGCCACUGUACUGUGCCAACACCUGGCGAGCUUUCGAUGACAUCUCUGCCAAACAAGCCCUCUCGGGGGCACCCAUUGCUUUUAUCCAUUUGUUGUGCUACACCUCUGCCUGCGUCAACCCAAUUAUUUACUGCUUCAUGAACACACGCUUCCGCAAAGCUCUGCUAGCCACGUUCUCGUGCUGCGCUGCCCCUUGCCACCGUCGCCAUCCUCGCCGUGGGCUACGGGACAACGAGGAGGAUGUUAUGGCAACGGGAGCAUCCAUGUCCAAGUUCAGUUACACUACAGUCAGCACCAUGGGAACCUGCUGAGGCAGAUGGAUGCAGGCACAAUCUAGAAGAGACAGUUACUACGGCAACACAGCACCCCACAUCCUUUGUCUUUAGGCCAAUGCUGUACUCAUAGGGACAGUGAUGUGGAGUGGAAAAUCAGGCCAUAUAGUGUAGCAGCAUAGAAGCUUCACCCAUGACUGUGAGUAAAGUUACGUAGGGAUCAUUUAUGGAAACACAGUCUUACAGUGUAAAUACCUCCAUACAGUAGCUAUAUUAAAAACAGCACAAAAAAUUAUAGUUAUUUCUUGUCACAGUGGACCAAGGCAAAUCGUUUGCUUAGAUGUUUACGGUGGGGUGUGUGUGAGUGUGUGUGCGUGAGUGUGUGGUGGUGGUGGGCUGUAUGAUAACUUCAUCACGUAGCUAUAAAAACAGGAAGAUCGUUUGCUAUGUAAUUUUUAAAUUGUGUUUUAUAUUUUGCUGUCAGUUGUUCAUCCAUGUUAACGAUGGUGAAGCAAUUGCCUUGUGGACUAAGUGCCUGGUUCUAAAUACUAGUGUGUUAUAUUUGUCUGCUGUUGAUUUGCCUCAUUCAUCACAGGCACCAUAAUCACAGGCAAAUUGUAACCUGAGGGGUUGUGGAAGUGGAGUUUACAGACUUAAAAUAUGUUCCAAACAAACUGAAAAUCCUCCUCAGAAGAUAAGAAUUUCCUCCAGACGGGACCUGAUAAAUGAGUCUGAAGCAGGAAACGUGCUAUAAACAGCUUAGAUGGGCAGUGGUGAUGCCUUGUGUUGUGGUUGUACACUAGCCAACUUUGUGUUUUUGAGUUUGUAGAGGCAGAUUUUCUGUGUGUGCUGCAGUGUUUGUUUGUGUUGUGUCCUCAUAGGUGAACACAGUAGCAAAUGUUAACAGGGUGACUUGAAGGGUUGUGUUUCUUUCUAGUAUCAGGACUCUUGUUUGAGGGCAGUACACAAUUCGCUGGAGAACAUCUGAGAUGGAAGUUGGGAUACUUCAGAGACUACUUCACUAUCAAAAGACCACUCCAUAUGUACGGUAUAAAAGUAGUUUUAUUUGGGAUGAUGAGAGGAUUAGGGAAAGAUGAGGUGAGGAUCGAGUUUGAUGGUGUGAUGAUGUUAAGGGAAGGGUUGAAAACAGGGUAGAUGGACUGGUCCUGAAGGUCGGUAGGGGUCAUGUAUGAUGGGGUGAUUGUGGUCAAGAGGGAUGAACAGGGUUUAACAGAGUUGUGAUGAGGCUGGAGCAUAUUAAACUGUAUUAAAUAAUGGACGUAGCCACCAUGACAUCACCCAUUGGUUUCUGGACUCCCAUUUUUAAGGCUCAAAUUUAGCAUUUUGGCCUUUGCUAUCUUGAUGUUUUGGAGCCACAUUUUGAUGAGAGGCUGGAGCUGGGGAGGAGCAAAGGGUGGAUCUGACUGAGGAGCUGAAGACACUGUUGGCGUCCCGCCCUUAAUUAUGCUUAACUUUAAGCCUUAAUAUCACUUAAAGGGAUGAGUUAUAUGAAAACUCCCCCCUGUGCAGUUGUCAUGAAGGGGAAAUAGCUAAACAGGCCCAAACUGUUUUUUGUGCCAGGCUAUAAACAUUUUUAUUUAAGCUGUAAAGUUGGGCAUAUUAACAUGAGCGUCAAUUGGGACUGACUGGCUUCUGGAGCCAGCCUCAAGAACUGCAGUUUUUAGCACUUUCAUGUUGGCUUCAUUUUUCAGCCCCGGAGGUUGUUGCUUGGUUGAGUCUCAGGAUGGGGACACGUCCUUUCUGACCUUCGCCAUGCCCUUGGGGGUUCAUAUCUGGGACCUUCUUUUUGUUAGUAACGAUGCUAGCGGCUGAGCAGGAAGAGAAGAGGAGAACAGGGUUUGGGGGAAGGAAGGUCAUGAGAUCUGACAAAAACAGUAGAGAAAGGGAUAGCCACACCUGAGACCAGGUUUAAACAGAAUUAAUGGGCACAGGUGGGAGAGAGACGCAUGCUCUUGUCACAUUAGAAAAACUCCCCUUAAAAAGAGGGUGCUCUAUAUUUCUAUAGAUACAAGGACUUUGAUGAAGUCGCCAGAGGUAAUCUUAUAUCUUGAAAA